AUGGAUGAUUCUGAAAAUCAACCACUCUUAUACCCCACAUCCGCUCUGUAUGAAACUCUUUCCUACGAGUCUAUCCAGGACAUCAGGACAAAUGGGCGUCCUGUGUCUAGUCGCAGCACAAUCCCGGAGACAGCCCCCUACGGCCGUAACCUCACAUGGACGAGCGCCUAUAUCCUGGUGAUAUCGCGCGUCAUCGGCAGCGGCAUCUUCGCAACCCCUGGGUCAAUCGUGAAAUCUGUGGGAAGCGUUGGGUUGGCGCUGCUGGUAUGGCUUGUGGGGACAGUUCUCGCAGCAUGCGGCCUGGCUGUGUCGAUGGAGUUUGGUUGUAUGCUCCCUCGAUCUGGCGGCGACAAGGUCUAUCUCGAGUAUACGUAUCGGCGUCCUCGCUUCCUGGCGUCAACGUUGAUCGCCGUUCAGGCGGUUUUGUUAGGUUUUACCGCGAGUAACUGCAUUAUAUUCUCCAAGUACACCCUGUUCGCUCUGAGCGCUGAGCCAACGGAGUACCAGCAAAAGGCCCUGGCCGCGGGUCUUAUGACUGCGAUUACAAUUGUCCAUGGGUGCUUUCUCAAGACCGGCAUAUGGAUACAGAACCUGCUAGGAUGGAUGAAGAUCUUUAUGAUCGCCGCAAUGACACUGACCGGGCUCUGGGUGAUGCUCUUUCGGCGUGAGGAACACUCCAUGUCCGUGUCGAAUGAUGCGCAUAGGACAGGGUACGACGUGUUUCUCUGGGACAAUCUGUGGGAAGGUUCAAAUUGGAGCUGGAGCUUGCUUUCGACUUCUCUUUUCAAAGUGUUUUACUCGUAUGCUGGGCUGAAUAAUGUGAACAAUGUCCUGAAUGAGGUUCAGGACCCGAUCCGGACGGUCAAAUCGGUUUGUCCGUCCGCUCUCGUCACUGCUUGUUGUCUUUACCUGCUGGCAAACAUCUCCUACUUCCUCGUCGUCCCAAUUGAGGACAUCAAGAACAGUGGUGAACUCGUUGGGGCUCUCCUUUUCGAACGCGUUUUCGGUCCGCAUGUUGGCAGGACCUUGUUUCCUCUGGCGAUUGCCAUUUCCGCCGCAGGAAAUGUCAUGGUAGUCACAUUUGCCUGGGCACGGGUGAAUCAAGAGAUUGCUCGACAGGGCUUUCUCCCUUUCUCGACCAUGCUCUCAUCAUCUCGCCCGUUCAACUCUCCUUUGGGAGGCUUAAUUGUGCAUUAUAUCCCUUCCCUCUUGGUGAUUGUACUUCCCCCUCCAGGAGACGUGUACAGUUUCAUUCUAGACGUCGAGGGCUAUCCGGGCCAGAUCUUCGCCUUGGCUAUUGCAGUCGGCUUGCUGAUCUUGAGACGACGUCAACCUAAUCUCCCACGACCAUUCAAAGCAUGGCUUCCUGCGGUCUGGCUCCGAAUCAUCGUCUGUCUUGCUUUACUGGCAGCACCGUUUAUACCUCCUCCGGACAGAAAGGGCGAUGUGGACUUUUUCUACGCAACAUAUGCAGUCGUGGGAGUCGGAAUUCUACUCUUCGGAGUGAUUUAUUGGUAUGUUUGGACCGAGGAGGAUGUGCUGGAUGAUGGGACCAGUAUUACGAAGCUUGUGCCGUCAUAUAUUCUAUAG